AUGUCCUCCUCCGCCGCAUCGCGCGUCGUCGCGUCGAUGACCGCGUCCUCCUCCUCCUCCGCGUCGUCGUCCUCGGCCGCGGACCGCCUGCGCGCGGGACGCUCGAGAUUCAUCAUUUCGUCGACGUCGACGACCCUGCCCUCCGAAUCGUUCCGGCGGCGGCGCGAGACGCGCGCGUCCUCCGUCGCGACGACGACGACCGCGCGCCUGCGCCCCGGGCGACAGGGCGUGCAGCGGAUCUACCGCAUGACCUCGGAGAAGAGCAACAUCGACGUGUACGAGUACCUCGAAGCGCUCGGCGUCCCGCGCGUGAACGCGCUGCGCGUCCAGAGCGAAGCGUCGGAGUGGUUCGAGUACGAAAACGCAAAGCGAGGCGGCGCCGCGGACGCGCCGUUCGGCGUGGAGGAGAUGUCCGCAGUCGUCGCGUUCUUAGAGUCCAAGGGCGUCAGCGCCGCGGACGUCGGGAAGCUCGUGAACGCGCACCCGGCGACGCUGGCGUACAGCGUGGAAGGACGAUUGCGGCCGCUGUUUGAGUAUCUCGGCGAGCUCGGCCUCGACGCGGACGCCGUUGUCGCCGCGGUGUCGAGACGGCCGAACAUGCUCGGGCUGGACCCGAACGAAAACAUGCGGAAGAUGGUGGAUUACUUGGUAUCGAACGGGGAGACGCAGGAGCAAGCGCUGGAGUACCUCCUGAAGACGUUGUAG